CAUGCUUAGUUUUACGGCAGCGCUCUCUUGUGAUGGCUUUGCGACACAAACUCCUCCGGUUCUCGAGAAAGAUUAUUUUUUCACCUUUUUUUCUCGAGAAAGAGGAUGGACCUCACGAGACUUGGAGGAUGUUGUCAUUUUGGGGGAGUGGCGGCAUUUCAAAAUUAAGUUUCGUUUCCUUCGACCCGCCGUUGAGGUUGGACCCUGUGAAGGAGGAGAAAAUGAGAAGAAAAUGUUUUUUAGAAGAGGAAGACUCAGACGAAGAAGAAGUAAGAGGCAGAAAAGUUAGCCGAAGACAUCUAAAGAGAAUCAGUUAUUGUGAAGAAGAAGAAGUUGUUGACGAAGAUGACGAAGAUGAGGACAUGGAGGAGGAUGACGAGCAGCCAGGUCCUUCCAACGGCUUUAACCAGAGAGCACAAGAAACAUCCGAAUCGCUGCAAAAUCUAUACAUCUUACCUGUUACUUGUGAAAAUAAAAAGGGCACUCUGCAUAAAGAAAAAUUUGAAAAGGGUGAGUCAUGCAUCAAGUGCGAGGGCCAAUGGUUUUCCCCGAGUGGAUUUGAAAACUUCUGUGGCAGAGGCGCAAUGAAAAAAUGGAAAAGCUCUAUCCUCUAUAAAAAUAACCCCCUGCAGUUUUGGAUUGAGAAAGGUCUGCUUAGUACGAAAGGAUUUAAAAGGAGAGCGUCAGGGACUACAAAGAGAAAAAUUUCAUCAUCAGACAGCUCAUCUAAAGAGUAUGAAGGCCAUUCUGCAGAGGAGAAUGACAAAGAUGACUCCAGAGAUGAAGACUGGCUUCCAGAUAGUGAUGAACUGAUGGUGGAGAAUAAAAACAAGAAGGCAGGAGCUGAAAACGGGGGAGGAGACUCAUCUGAAGUUGAAGCUGCUAACGACGUUUAUGACUGUGGAGGAAGGGGAAAACAUUUGUCAAAAAAGGAGAAAAUGGGACAAGCACUGAAGGGGGAACCCAAAGUUGUGCUUAAGAGGCUUCCAGUGGCCAAACUAGAUCCUCAGUCCAUCUCCAUGGGGCACUCAGCAUCAGGCAGUUGGCGAGGUCCGUUGGACGGGGACACACAAAAAGAAGCAGAGAGAGGAUUAAUCACAUCAACACAAGAAGACUCUCUGGACUCAGCAGCAGAAGCAUCUCCUUUAAAAAAUAUGCAGAUGCCUGUCAGAGCUUUCAUUGCAGAUGAAAACAAUGCUCCAGAGGAGUUAACUCAAAGUGAUACAAGGAUGCAAGACGGACAAAGAGACGUAAAAACUGAACCAGCAGAUUCUCUACUUCAUUCUGCAGAAAAUUCUGAAAUCCUGCCUGAAACCAAAAUGGGAGGAUCCAUCCCCAGACCUUCGACCAGCUGUGAUCAGGACAUGAUGGACCUUGAACAACUGAAGAGGGAGAAAAUCAAAAUGCAGUUGAAAGUCUUGAAGUUGCAGGAGGAAUACUACACUUUAGAAAUAAAGAAACAUAAAAAAUAACAAAAAAAUGUUUAACCAGUGAAAAUGUGGUGCAUGCAUUCCAUGACUACUAAGCUUGAAAUAACCAAACAAUCAAUAAGUGACUUUUUUGUCAAAUUUUUUGCACAGACAUGUACCUAUAAAUUGUCCUUACGUUCCUAAUGCACAUUCCUUAGAAAUGGUUUAUUAUUUUUGAAAGAGCGUACGUUUGAGUCAGCACUGUUUCUUGGCCCAUGUUUGCCUUAACUUGCUAAAUUACACGGAUAGAGUGUACCCAUCGGUAUAGCCGGUAUGACCAGUGAGUCCUUCUUAAAGGGGCAUCGCUCACUGAAAUUCCUGGAGGCUAAUGCCACUGCCGUUGCCAAGUACCUCAUUCGACCAAACUACAAAAAUAUCAAACUAUCCCUUUAAGCCUCACAUUGGGAUAUGCUCUAGUUUGUAGUUUUAUGUUAUACUCUGAUGUUAUACAUCAGUCCAAAAAUGAUUUAUAAUUCAGAAAUGUUGCCCUUCUGGAAAAUGAUGCUCAUUUAUGCACUCACUACUUGACUGGAGAUCCUUUUGCAUGAGUUACUGCAUCUAUGUGACAUGGUGCAGAGCUGAUCACUCUGUGGCACUGCUGGGGUGUUAUGAAGCCAAGGUUGCUCUGAUAGCAGCCUUCAGCCUUUUGUCUGUUGUUGAGCAUUGAGUCUAGUCUUGAUAAAGCACGGUGGAUGACAUGGCACCUCAAACCAUCACUGACUGUGGAAACUAAAAAUACUGGACUUCAAGCACCUUGGAUUCUGUGCCUCUCUGAUCUUCCUCCAGACUCUGGGACCUUGAUUUUCAAAUGAAAUGCAACAUAUACUUUCAUCUGAAAACAGGACUUUAGACCACUAAGCAACAGACCAGUUCUUUUGCUCCUUAGCCCAGGCAAGACACUUAUGACAUCUGUGGUUCAGGAAUGGCUCCCUACCCAUGUUGACCAUUUCCUGGACCCAUCUGUGUGAGGUGUCUCUUGAUCAUCUGACUCCAUCCUCAUCCUCUCCUUGUGAAGCUCCCCUUGAAUCUGUUUUGUUUGACAGUCCUCUGAAGGCUGAGCUCCUCCCUUUUCUCACCACCCUUCCAGUCAACUUUCCAUGAGCGUGCUUUGAUACCACCUCUGAAAACAGACUGCUCUUUAAGCAGUGACCUUCUGUGGCUUACCCUCCUUGUGAGGGGUGACAAUGAUAGUCCUCUGCACAUUUGUCAAAGUCAGCAGUCUUCCCCAUGAUUGUGGUUGAGUGAACUAAACCAUAGAGAGACAAUGAAGGCUCAGGAUAUCUUUGCAAAUUGGACUUUUAACAUAUUCAAUAUUCUGAUGUUUUCAGCUGUACUCAUCAAGAUUAAAACAAAAAAGACUUCAAACAUUUCACUUUGUGUGCCAUGAAUCUAGAACAUGUGUAGGUUUGAAUUUUUGGAUUAAAUUACGGGAAAAAAAUUACUUUUACAUGAUAUUCCAAUUUUUCAGAUGCACCUAUAUACAGGGCACAACCUUACCACUCGGCCAUCAACCCUUCAAAUACAUGGUUCUUUGAUCAUGUAGUAACAUAUUUAUUACAUUUGACAAUAUUGUAAUGGUUGUUGGAAAAAAAAUGUUAAAGUGGAGAUUUAUUUAUGUUUAGUUUCUUAUCAGAUAUGCAAAAAAAACUAUUUUUUUUCUAUAUGCAUGAGGAUAUUUUCAUGUAUUUAUACUAAUAUGGUUCACUGUCUGGUAACAGUUUUAUGAAAUGUGGUGGUGUUGAACAGAUUUAAGUCACAGUAUUGUACGACUCGCAGUGUUUUAUCACGUAAAUUCCUUUUCUUCAAAUUGCUGAACUACUGUUGUUUUUCUUAAAAUGUUUAAAAUGUCCAGAUUUUGGAGACAAAAUUUUAAUAUUCAACAUAUUAAAAAAGUGUAUAAGUGGGUUUUUUGUGUCAUCUUUUCACAAGUAUGUCAGAAAAAUCUCUACCCCCUCUUAAAAGGUGCUCAUAUUCCUUGGUUUAUGUUGGUAUUCAAAGAAUGAAUGACACUGUCUACUUUUGUAGGGCAUAGGAAAGAAGUUUAACAGAAAAGUGCAGCCUGCCUGGUAACUAAAGGGCAGAUUAAAGUUAUCUUUCCAGUUAGUCAAACUGGUUUACUUUGGCAAACCAGUAAUUUUAAUAGCUUCAUUAUGUGUAAUACAAAUCCGGCUG